AUGGCGCACAUCACCCUGGCCCAGCAGGGCCUCGCGGCCGUCGAGGCCCGCAGGUGGGACGAGGCUGUCGCCAAGCUCUCGCAGGCGCUGCAGUCGUCGUACAACCCGGCCUGGCUCGUGGCCCGCUCCAAGGCCUUCGUCAGCCUCAAGCGCUUCGCCGAGGCCCUCGACGACGCAGACGUCGCCUGGCACUCGGCCUACGAGCGCAACAAGCGUCCCUUUCUCAUCGAAGCCCACUACCGCCGCGCCGUGGCCUACUAUCGCAUGGGCCAGUAUGCAAACGCCGACUGCUGCUGCAUCUACGCCAUGAGGCUCGUCAAGGGCUCUCCCGCCUUGGAGCAGGACGAUCCCAAGGCCAAGUGGACCGACGAGAAUGGCUUCUGGACGGCCACCAUGAAGGACGCCGUGGACGAGGCCAAGGCUGACGAAUUCAACCGCGGUAGAGAGGCCGGCCGCGUAAGCCAUGCCAUCCUAAUGGAUGGGCCGCGCCCCCAAAUCGCCGAGUGGAGGCUGGCUAGCACCCUGCGGAUGCAUAUCCUGCGCGCCAUGGAGACCCUGCCUGCCGACGACGAGGCCAGAAAGGUGACGGUAAGCCUCAAGCCCGAGCACAAGGAGCUUGUCAAUACUGCGCCGGCAGCGGGCGCCGAAACCGAGGAGACGACCACGGCGACAGCGACGGCGACGCAAGCCAACGACGACCCCCCAGCAGCGACCAAGGCCUCGCCAGUGCCCACCGAUGCGCAACUUCGGCUGCAGGAGUUCCAGAGCGGCACCACCAUGGUCGUGUCCGUCUUCUCCAAGGGAGUCGACAAGGAAAAGCUCCAGGUCGAGUUCCUCCCCUUUGCCGUCCACCUGGACCCCGUCAUCUGGCCCAACGGGGAGGAAAAGAAAUUCAGUCUGCUUCUCUGGGGAGAAAUCGAUCCGUCGGCGUCCAAGUACUCCGUGACCCCCAACAAGGUUGAGCUCAAACUUGCAAAGAAGACAGCCGGCAAGUGGCCUCAGCUCCAAAAGGCAGAGGACGAGGACGCUGCCAAGGAGGAUGCGCUGCAGUCCAGCAUCGUGGGCGACAAGGGGAAAGGCAAGGAAGUCGACUCGACGUCCACCCCUUCCGCAGAACCCAAAGCCCCCUUCUCCCCCUCCAAAGCGAGUACCAGCACCUCGGCCUCCAGCUAUCCCUCGUCAUCGCGCAGCGGUCCCAAGGACUGGGACAAGAUUGCCACCGACGAAGACGAGGACGAAGACGAGCGCGACAUCAAUCUUUUCUUCAAGAGGCUUUACAGAAACGCCAACCCCGCGCAGCAGCGCGCCAUGACCAAGAGCUUCAUGGAGAGCAACGGGACGUCGCUGAGCACCGACUGGGAGUCCGUCAAGGCCCGCAUGGUGGAGACGGUGCCGCCCGAAGGGGUCGAGGCCAAGAAGUGGGAGUAA